AUGAAGCCUUCUAUCCGCCAGACACUCCUCUUCCUUGCCACCUGUCUUGCUACCCUCCCUCCACUAACACAUGCCGCCCCAGCGGUCUCUUUCGACACCGCCUCCUACUCCCCUUCCUUUAUCAUAAAACGCGAUGUCGUAGUUCUCGGAGGUGGUGCAUCCGGCACAUACGCUGCCAUCGCUCUCCGCGACCGCAAGAAAAGCGUCGCUGUGAUUGAAAAACAGGAUUACCUCGGCGGCCACACUAAUACAUAUACUGACCCUGCUUCUGGCAAAAAAAUCGAUUAUGGAGUCGUUCUAUACGAAGACAUAGACAUUGUGAAGAAAUUUUUCGCCCGUUUCGACAUACCAUUGACCGUCGCAAACUUCAGCUCACAGUUGACACCGUAUCGUGUAGAUUUCCGUACAGGAAAACAAGUCGCGGGCUAUACACCUGCAGAUCCUACUGCAGGUUUCGGCGCGUAUGGGGCGCAGUUGGCCAAAUAUGCGUUCCUCAAUGAGCCGGGGUAUGACUUACCGAACCCUGUGCCUGACGAUCUCCUGAUCCCGUUCGGCGACUUCAUUAAGAAGUACAAGAUCGACUCUGCGGUGUUCACGAUCAAUGAGUACGCCCAAGGGUUCGGUAAUCUAUUGGAGAUUCCGUCUUUGUAUGUGCUGAGAUAUUUCGGGACAAGUACGUUGGCUGGAUUCCAGGCCGGAUUCUUGACCACAGCAAGAGGGAACAAUGGCGAAUUGUAUGAGAAGGCCAGUAAGGAGUUGGGUGGCGAUGUCUUCCUCAGCAGCACCGUCAUCGCCACUCUUCGCACCAACAACGGUGUCAAGCUCGUUAUCCAGACACCACAAGGCCUAAAGCUAGUCAUCGCCUCAAAACUCAUAAUAUCAGCUCCACCACUCGUCUCAAACCUCGCCGGCUUCGAUCUAAGCACCCAAGAGCGCUCCCUCUUCCAGCAAUGGGUGACAGGCGCAUACUACACGUCCCUAGUCUCCGACACCGGAAUCCCCGACAUCGACUCCAUCACCAACGUCGGCGCUGACACGCCCUACAACUUACCGCCAGACGCCGCCGUCAAAUCCGCCAUCGUCGCUACCAUCAACCGCAUCAAAACCGCCAGCGGCAUCCCCGGCACUACACCUUCCACCCCCAAAUUCGUCGCUUUCAACAGCCACACGCCAUACGAGUUGCGCGUGUCCAGCGAUGCGAUCAAAGGUGGGUUCUAUGCGCAAUUGAAUGCGUUGCAAGGGGCGGGAGGGGCGAAAAGUACCUUUUAUACGGGCGCGGCGUUUGCGAGGCAUGGGUCGGGUGAUGUGUGGGCGUUUACUGAAGGGAUUGUUGCGGGGCUGUAG